UCGUCGGACUUAUUAUGCUGAAGUUCGACACUCCACUGAUAUACACGGUCCCUGGAAUUCCAUCGGACAGCAUGUUUUACUAUCCAGUGAACAUUAUUCUAGAACCUAUUCACUUCUAUUAUAUCAUGGAGAGCAUUAUCAGCAUGGAUAGUCUCUUCAUUAUGUAUUUAUUUUAUUUUCGAGGAGAGCUUUACUCCAUCAAUUCUGUUGCCGAACUUCUGACCGAUAAGAAAACUUUAGAUAAGGAUGGGGAAAAUAUUCUGCUAAUGGUUCAUACGGCUCACAGGAAUACCUUGAACCAAUUAUCUAUACUGUCCAAUGUCAUGUGGCACUUCUAUUGGCAGAAAUUCUUUGUAGUAUGCCUAUGCAUGUGCGGAAGUAUCUUCGUAAUUAACCAGGACAUCUUUGGCGUAGUACCCCUAGCAUUCACAGUUUUUCAACUGGGAUUGCUCUGUAUGCCAGGACAGCUGAUAGACGAGUGCUCUGAGGUCCUCAAGGAUACCUUUUACAUGAUACUCUGGUACGACAUGAAGCUGAAGUAUCAGAAAAGUCUUUUGCUUAUGAUGAUUGGAGCACAGAAAAGUAUAAGGCCAGAGACACUUGGGAUCGGCGAAAUAUCAAUUUACACUUUUGUUCAGGUCGCAAAGGCUGCUGUUUCCUACGCGGCUUUCGCUUAUGCCGUACUUAUAUAGAAAAGCUGAUGGAUUUAUAUGUGUAAGAACUAGGA